CUGCUGUGGUUGCUGCUGCUGACGCUGCUGCUGCUGCUGCUGCUGCUGCUGCUGACGAUGAUGAUGAUGAUGAUGAUGAUGAUGAUGAUGAUGAUGAUGAUGAUGAUGAUGAUGAUGAUGAUGAUGAUGAUGAUGAUGAUGAUGAUGAUGAUGAUGAUGAUGAUGAUGAUGAUGAUGAUGAUGAUGAUGAUGAUGAUGAUGAUGAUGAUGAUGAUGAUGAUGAUGAUGAUGAUGAUGAUGAUGAUGAUGAUGAUGUGGAAGGCAGUGCUGCUAAUGGCGGUGCAGAGGAUGCUGGGGGCGGUGGUGGCAGUACUUUUGGUGCUGUGGAAGACGAAAGAGGCAUGAAUUGAAAGACAUCCUUCCUG